UUUCAUUGUCUGGCAUUACCCGUGGUGGAAGAGUUAUCAUUUCAUUUGGGGAAAGAGGUCUCGACCAGUGGUGUACUACUCCGGUGCUCCAGAUUUUAGAACAACUAUCUUGAGCUCGAAUAUUGAAUUUGAGUUCACCUACUCAUCAUAGCGCUGGAAUUGUUGAAAGCAGAAGGCCAGUCGACGCAUAUCUAAGGCUCACUAAUCCAUCAUGGCUGACCAACUCACAGAAGAACAAAUUGCUGAAUUCAAGGAAGCUUUCUCCUUAUUCGACAAGGACGGCGAUGGCACCAUCACCACGAAAGAGUUGGGAACCGUCAUGAGGUCCCUGGGACAGAACCCCACAGAGGCUGAACUACAGGACAUGAUCAACGAGGUUGACGCUGAUGGAAAUGGAACAAUAGAUUUUCCAGAAUUCCUUACUAUGAUGGCGCGAAAAAUGAAGGACACAGACAGCGAGGAAGAGAUCCGGGAAGCAUUCCGUGUAUUUGACAAGGACGGCAACGGUUUCAUCAGCGCCGCCGAGCUCAGGCAUGUCAUGACAAAUCUGGGCGAGAAGCUGACAGACGAGGAGGUAGAUGAGAUGAUCAGGGAGGCCGACAUUGAUGGAGACGGUCAGGUCAAUUAUGAAGAGUUCGUAACGAUGAUGACGGGAAAGUAGGCUAACCUUGCAACUAACAAAGAAAGGACAUUUUGCCAUGGGUUUGUCAGUCAAAAAUUGCUGUUUUUAUUUUCCAGAAUUCGUGACAAUGAUGACGAGCAAGUAGGCCAGGCCAUGUUCAUAUCGGGACGAGAGACUAGCCCAAUUAUUGUCACACUUUCAUUUUCAAUCAUUGUCUCAUGAUUUAACACAAAUUUCGAGACAUGUGCCAUAACGUUCUGGUUGCCGUGGUGUAUUGUCGGCUAGCUUUAAGACGCUAGCCGCAUCACGUGUUUUGCGAUAUGAUUAUACAUAGUUCCGGCCGUUUGGUACCUCCUCACAGAGUAUAGUCCACUUCGUCAUAAUAGUGCUUUUAUGAAUGAGUUUUGCUAAUUCCUGUAUAUGUUUGGUCGUGCAUAUGGUGGCAUAUUACAGUGCAUAUUAUGGAUAUAGUGUGAAGUUUACCGGUAAACUGUGUCUUGUGUUUCUUCAGCAUACACAUAAGAGUAUAAUGUAUUUUUUUGUUAUAUAUGUCUUUGGAAUUAUAUAAUUAUGAUAUAUAUAUUAUGGUCUUUUAAAGUCAUCUGAAACUCAUUAUACUCUUUUAAAUUAAAUUUACGUGUACGUAUAAUAGAAAUUCAUUCGCGAUGACAAAGUGGGGUAUAUUCGGCGGGAAAAUUGGUCGUUACGGAAUUAUAGUGUGUUGUAGUGUCAAGGACGAAAGCAAGGCAAAUGAAAGGGCGUGGCCUAAAAAAUGGAAGCCGGGCUUCUAGCGAAACGAAAUGAACAGAAACUCCACAUCACAGUGUCGAGUAGUAUCAUUAUAAGAAUAAAAUUGGGGAAAACAGUGAACUUGACUAUUUAUGUUGUAUACUUUGACUCUUUUAGGUGUGUCUGUGUGGAGUUAAUUUUUCUACUCUCAUUUGCAAAUUUUCGUCCAGGUUCACGUGACUCAAGGACCGACUAUUAGGCACGGCCGGCAAAGUCGAACACGAGAAGGUUGCCGCUGUAUGUUGCUGUUGUAAUUUUAAUCUUGAUAGACUGGUUCCUUGCCCUUCCCGCUGCCCGGGCCGAACCGAAAGCUGGAAAUUGUCCUCCCUGUGUGUGAGUGACUCUAUUGUCAACUGAUGGUAGUUGAAACAAAAGUUGAAGGUUCCCGGCUUACAUGUACCAUAGAUGCCAAUACCAAACAUCUUCUGCAGCUUAUUGAAGUAAUCCCUCGAGCUCCAGCUUCAGAGGCGAGGUUGACAAGCGCAUGCAGCUGAUCAUCCCGAGAUACAGGUUUUUGAUUCUCCUACCUUGUUUGAAAUAUCGAGGCGGAGUAUAUUGAAAAUCACUGAUUAUGUCAGGAUGGCAGCUUAUGAGCAAAAUGUUGCGUCACUGGAGCUAUUUCUCCCACGCCAAAAUGGCCGCUAUUCUGCGACCCCGGCGGGAGGAUAAUGAACCAGUCUAUGGUCUUGAUUCAGGAAUUAUUCGCUCUGAUAUCAGUACCCGCAGUGUAACAUUUGCUGUACAUUCCAUCAGAGAGAACGAGAUUCCAGUAAAAAUGAGUGCCGUUUCUGCCUAGAGUGUCUUUGGUCCUAGCGGCGUCAAUCAUACCCACUCCUCGAAACUUGCCUCAAGUCAUCACCGUGCUAAACAUCCGUGAAUGAAAAGUGUAUCAAAGACUUGAAUUGGUUGAAGUUGGCAAGUUUUAAAGCAGAGAACCAUUGACAGGUGCACGUUUUUCACUCCUUUCGAAAACAGUCUUGCUUCCAGGUUCCACAUCUCGUGCAAACUGAGUCAUAAACACGAGGCGUCCACUUUCAUUAUUGGAUGCCAGCACAGUCUGGUUGGUCUCUCGAGCUUCAUGCUUCCCAUCAUAAUUAUUUCUCUCUUCGAUUUCGCUUGAUGUCGGUGCAAAGCAAAAACAAAUGAUAGUCCGACUUUGCGCAGAUAUAAAACACGUUUUCGACAGAUGGGUCGAUGUGAUGAUCAUUGAGGCAUUCGCUCCUCGACAAGUUUAAAAGAAUCAAAAGGAAUCGAUGUCUCGUAGUAGGUCGAAUGCUUGUUCCGGUCCGCGUUUUGAGGUUCAAUUUUGUUGCACUACACUUUUACUCUGUUCAUUAAAUUCUAGUCAUUUUCAAUCCUGAUGAAAUGAUUGUCGAUGGAGUGUCUCGCUGAUAUUGGGAUCAGAAUAUAUUGAGAGUGGACGCCCAAGGAAACCCGAAAACGGAUACAAAUGUUAAGCGUUUACCGAAUUCCGCCGGGCCAAAGUCACCCAGGCGAUUACAAGGCGAAGUUUAGGCUAGAGAUAAUGUAUACUGGGAUACAGAAUAAAGAUGUAUCGGAUCAUUUUUGCAAUUAAAACACGAAAUUCUCGCCAA